UCACCAUGUGACGUCAAUGGACACUUGCAUUUGAUUCAGUCAUAAUGAAUGCUGAUAAUUACACCUGCACUUUUCCUACUGUGACAUGUGAAACUAUCUGAGAUUAAGGCUUAUAUUAAGUGUAUGCACAUUCAAAUAAAGGACAUAUUAUCUCAGAAAUAACUGGAGACGUGUGAUUUUAUCCUUUCUUCAAUUCAAUCCAUCAAAUCAUACACAAAUGAUUAUGCCGUUAUUUCACUUCUAUUGAUGCUUCUUGGAUCAUAAGAGCUGGGAAUAGAGUUUUGACAAAACUGCAAACAGCACUUCAUCCAACAGGGAGUGCCACUGAACCGCAGGAUGUCUCCUCUGCACUUGGGUGGAGAAGGGGAGGCUAUCCUGCUGUUUGGAUGUAGCGCUCAACACUGACUGAGGUUCAGAUUCAAUUUCCCUCUCAGGAUCUUCAUUCAUAUACAAGGAGCCUGUUCUCACUGAUCUGCAAUCUGUAACACCCACAUAGAUUUAAUAGGAUCAGAGCUGGAUACGGCAGAGAGUGCUGAGUGAGCAGGAGAAGCUGGUGUGUGUGUAUGUGUGUGUGUCCAGGCAGACUAAACCCCACUGAUGUUCCGCAAGUGGUCAGGAAAAUUACAGCCUGUCACAGAUUUUGAUUUUUUUUUAAAGAAGAGGUGUCAACAUUAUGGUUUUCAGCACUAAUGGAGUAACUGAAGGUUGUCCAAACUCACUUUAAAGUAUUUCAUCUCCCCGCAGAGUAGUCAAAUAAGACGGAUGAGUGACUCUGCUUCUCCUCUUCUCAGCCAACUGUAAUCCACAAAUCCUUAUCAGGGUCACCGAGACUCAAUGACACAGUUAGUUACACUCAGCUCCUGCAGGGGACACUUGUAUCUCUAUAUUUGAUAAUACUUAUUUUUCAUUUAGUGUCAGAAAAAUAAAUCUUUAGCUGCUGUGAGUUGAAAGAUAUAUAUCCAGAUAUUAAGAACUACAUGCCUAUUAAAGGGAAUGGACUUCAGUUUUCAUUAACACAUGUAGAAGGUUAAACUGCAGAUCUGCUACCAUGAUCACUCCAACCGUCCUCCCCCACCUCACUGUGCAACCCCACACUGCAGCACGGCUCAGCACAGACCGUGAGGAGCACAGCGAGGAUGACCUAAGUGUUCCUCCAUCCAAUCCUCCUCAUCUGCUUAAUCUGAACCACAGCAACAACAAUGAAGAAGAAAAGGACAAAGCGGAAGAGGAAAAUGAAAAGGAAAAGGAAAAAGAGAAAGAGAAGGAAAAUGAAAAGGAAAAGGAAAACGAGAAGGAAAAGGAAAAGGAAAAGGAAAAGGAAAAGGAAAAAGAAAAGGAAAAGGAAAAGCAAGAGGACAAAGACAAGCCAAAAGAGUUAUUUGUCAUUAAUCCUGCAGGAGGUUUGUAUUACAACUGGCUGUUCAUCAUCACACUACCUGUCAUGUACAACUGGACCAUGAUCAUAGCCAGGGCCUGCUUUGAGGAGCUGCAGCAUAACUACAUCAUUUACUGGGUCAUUCUGGACUACACCUCGGACUUAAUCUACCUGGCUGACAUGUUUGUCAGGACCAGAACAGGUUACCUCGAGCAAGGCUUGAUGGUAAAAGAUGAGAAGCUGCUUAAGGAUCGCUACAUAGCCAGCUUCCAGUUUCGUCUUGAUGCUGUCUCCAUGCUGCCCACUGACAUCCUUUAUUUGUACUUUGGCCUUGACUACCCAGAGAUCCGGAUCAACAAGCUGCUCAGAAUUGGACGCCUGAUGGAGUUCUUCACAAAGACAGAGACUAAAACCAACUACCCUAAUAUCUUCCGUAUUUCAAACCUGAUAAUGUACAUCCUCAUUAUUAUCCACUGGAAUGCUUGCUUCUACUUCUCCUUCUCUAAAUUCAUUGGCUUCGGUGCUGACGACUGGGUUUACCCGGCUUUGGAUGAUCCUGAGGAGCCCGCGUUUGGGCAACCCAUGAGGAAGUAUGCGUUCAGCCUCUACUGGUCCACACUGACCCUGACAACCAUUGGAGAAACUCCACCACCGGCUCUUGACUCGGAAUUUUUCUUCCAUGUGAUUGAUUUUUUAGUUGGAGUCCUGAUCUUUGCCACCAUUGUAGGGAACAUUGCCACCAUGAUCUCCAAUAUGAACGCCGCCCAAGCUCAGUUUCAAUCCAGGAUUGACAACAUCAAGCAGUACAUGCAGGUUCGAAAGGUCAGCAAGGAACUGGAGCUGCGAGUCAUCAAGUGGUUUGACUACUUGUGGAAUAACGGAAAGGCACAGGAUGAAAGAGAGGUGCUGCGGUACCUUCCAGACAAACUGAAGGCUGAGAUUGCCAUCCAAGUCCACAUGGAGACCCUGAAGAAAGUUCGUAUUUUUGCAGACUGUGAAGCAGGUCUUUUGAUUGAGCUGGUGCUCAAGCUAAGGCCACAAGUAUUCAGCCCUGGAGACUAUAUCUGCAAAAAGGGCGACAUCGGUCGGGAGAUGUACAUCAUCAAAGAUGGAAAACUUGCAGUUGUUGCUGAUGAUGGUGUCACCCAGUUUGUUGUGCUAGGAAGUGGGAGCUACUUUGGUGAGAUCAGUAUCCUUAACAUCAAAGGCAGCAAAGCAGGAAACCGACGAACAGCCAACAUCCGCAGCAUUGGAUACUCAGAUCUCUUCUGUCUGUCCAAGGACGACCUAAUGGAGUCACUGACAGAGUAUCCAGAUGCCAAAGGGAUGCUAGAGGACAAAGGCCGGCAGAUCCUGAUGAAAGAUGGUCUGAUUGACUUGGACCCGGCUAACAUCAUGCCUGAGGCAAAGGAGCUGGAGGAGAAGGUUAACAAAUUGUACAACUCCAUGGAGCUAAUGCAGACCAAGCUGAAGAAGAUUCUUGGAAAUUACAAGAAUACUGAUACGACUCUCAGACAUCGCAUUGCCGAUCUGGAGCACCUGACAGGAGAGGAGGUGGAGGAUGAAGAUGAGGAAGAAGAAGAGGGGAAAAAAGAAGAUAAAGACGUUGAAGGGGAGAAAAAGGACGAUGAAAUAUUGGAGGAGAGGGAAGGAGACGGGGUGAAAAAGGAAGAUGAGAAAAAAGACAAAGAUGAAGACGAGAAAGCGGAGGAGGCACAAUCAGCAGAGAAAAAGGAUGAGGGAACUACAGAGAAGAAAAAAUAGAUCCAUUGUUUCUGUAAAAUUCAAAGCACUUUUCUAAUUUGCCACUAUAGAUUUUUUUUCCUUUUUAGCUGGACAAGCCUCGACAGUUAAUUAAUUAGCUUAAAACAACUCUUAGAAACUGGCAACUAGUCUUCAAAAGGUACUGCUAUUGUGUACGCGUUACAAGAAUCCUGAAUUUCAGUUGAAAAAUAUGGCCUUUGACAAUAUUGACAUUUAAUUAAAAUAAUUUUUUUUUUUAUUUAUUUAUUUGGUCGCCUUUUUAUUAUUUAUUAUAUUUGUUUCUAGAUAUGUACAGAGCAGAUUGCAAACCCUCCACUCAUUGCAACCUUAUACAUUGUUGUUGAUAUAUAUUUUCAACAAGUAAUUGUAAAGCUUAGAGACUAGCGUCCCAUGCAGGGAUGUUAUUUCAAACAACAACAGGGCAAGCAGCUAGAUGGUUUUUGUGCACAAGUGUACAUUCUUAAAUGAGACAGGAUACAAUCGAACAUUGGUUUGUUGGUUUGUUGACAACAGCUUUGAAGUCUUUAGUUUACAAUUUCGGCAGUGGCCAUUUUUUGUUCAAAACCAUAAGUGACCACAUUUCAACUCAAGAAUAAAUACCAAAGAUAUUAAGUGUGAAAAAUUAGCUGAGGAAAUGCCUGGCAGACAGCUGGUAGCCUCAAUGUAAUUUAAAUGGAUGGUUUAUAAUAAAUAUACAACCUCUCUUAAUAUUGUCAUCAUUUGGUGUCAGGGAGAAUGGGAGUGGGACAAAACUGCAGGCCAGGAGGGGUGUCUGAAAGUUACCAAAGAGGUAUAACCACUGAAAUGUCAAGUACUCCUUAGGAAAAGUGGAAGUAACAGAAUUAUAACUUGGGAAAACAAAAUCAAGCUCCCUUCAUCUUAAACUUUGAAAGGGGAAAGUAAACCAUAACCAGCAAGCAGCUGACUAGACACUGAAGUAUCUCAGGGAGACCAA